AUGGAAAACUGUCUCAAAUGUGAAGACAAUGAAUGGCCAAAUCAGGAGAAAACCAUGUGUAUUGAGAAGCAUAUUGAAUUUCUUUCCUAUGAAGAUGAUUCCAUAACUCUAGCCUUUAUUAUCAUAUAUAUUGUGCUUUUUAUAAUGGCAGCAGUUAUACUGGGAAUCUUUAUUUCAUUUCAAGACACUCCAGUAGUGAAAGCCAAUAAUCGAAAUCUGAGCUUUAUUCUCCUUGUCUCCAUCAAGCUGAGCUUCCUCUCUGUAUUUCUGUUCCUUGGCCAACCUACUGAUAUAACCUGCAUGCUCCGGCAAACCUCUUUUGGAAUUUCCUUCUGCAUUGCUGUAUCAUGUGUUUUGGCAAAGACUAUAAUGGUUUGCAUUUCAUUCAAAGCCACUAAGCCUGGGAGCCCCUGGAGAAAAUGGGUUGGGGUAAAAGUGGCAAACGUGCUUGUUUUUAUUUGCUCAUUAAUUCAGUGUCUGAUUAGUGUUAUAUGGUUAGUCAUUUCACCUCCAUAUGUGGAGCACAAUAUUCAUUCUGAACCUGGAAAAAUCAUCAUUCAGUGCAAUGAGGGCUCAGUAGUUGCCUUCUAUAUUGUCCUCUCCUACAUGGGAUUGUUGGCAUCUGUGAGUUUCAUUGUAGCUUUCUUGGCUCGGACAUUACCGGACAGUUUUAAUGAGGCCAAGUACAUCACUUUCAGCAUGUUGCUCUUCUGCAGUGUUUGGAUCACAAUGAUCCCGGCCUAUCUGAGCACCAAAGGCAAAUACAUGGUGGCAGUGGAGAUAUUUGCCAUAAUCUCUUCAAGCUCUGGUCUUCUCUUCUGUAUAUUUCUACCCAAAUGUUACAUAAUAUUAUUCAAACCAGAGAUGAACACAAAACAAUAUUUGUUGGGAAAAAGUAAUACAUAACGGCUAAUUUACCAAG